CGUAUGUCAAAUUGACAUUAGCUUUCACGAGUACAAAAAUGGUUUUCAAAGUAGUAAAUAAAUAGAAAGUUUCAGAAAUUAUAUCAAAUCAACAACUGAAGAGAUCUUACCGUAGAUAUUAUUUUAAAAAAUACAUAUUCCAGUUAAUACUUAGCAUCAAAAUAAACCAUGGCGUUAAAUUACGUUCGUCAAAUUACAAGAGGGGUAUGUAUUGGUGUGCACAAUGUAAAUAUUGCGAAAAGGAACAUAAGUACAAGCCUUCCGAGUAGACUAGGCAUGAUACCUAUCGUAGUGGAGCAGACUGGCAGAGGGGAACGCGCCUACGACAUCUAUUCUAGACUUCUGCGCGAACGAAUCAUUUGCUUGAUGGGUCCUGUCACUGACGAAAUAAGCUCAUUGGUUGUCGCUCAACUGCUGUUCCUGCAAUCAGAAUCUACUAAGAAACCGGUCCACUUGUACAUAAACUCGCCAGGCGGUAACGUGACUGCUGGUUUAGGGAUUUAUGAUACAAUGCAGUACAUCACGCCGCCCGUUGCGACAUGGUGCGUAGGUCAGGCUUGCAGUAUGGCGUCUUUGUUGUUAGCAGCAGGAGCUCCAGGCAUGCGACACGCAUUACCCAAUUCUCGUAUCAUGAUCCACCAGCCCUCUGGAGGUGUGCGGGGCCAAGCUACUGACAUACAGAUACAAGCAGAAGAGAUAUUGAAGUUGAAGGCUCAGAUAAAUAAUUUGUAUGUGAGACACACUGGUUUGCCCUUAGAGAAGGUACAAGGAUCUAUGGAGCGUGACUGCUUCAUGUCUCCAUUGGAGGCAAAAUCUUUUGGUUUAAUAGACAAUGUGCUGGAGCAUCCACCUUCACAUGCUUUGGAGAAGGAAGUUGCUGCCGGCAACACUGGAUCUACGCCUAACUGAUGAUGAUGAUAUAUUUUGUGAUACUGAAAAUAUUAAAGUUAUAAAUUGUUAUAGAUAUUAAAGUAAACUUUUAUAUAGUGA